AUGGAUGAAUUCCUCCACGCGCCAUGCGGCCCGGACCCCAGCUCCCCGACAUCCAAAAUGGCGCUGACCUCGCCAGCAUCCACAUGCUCCACUGCCGACACCACUACACUGGCAGACAUCGGAGCAGAAUUAAAGCGCAUGGCAAUGAGGAUGGUCACAAAAGAUGACCUCACCCACCUGACUAACAAUUUACAUGAAGUAAUUAAAUCUGAAGUGACCGGCCUGAAGGCUGAAAUCAAAGCACAGGAACACCGCAUACAGCAGGUGGAAAAAAGGGCACAGACCACUGAAGACCACUCUACAGCCACAGACACGGCCCUCAAACGCCAGGGCACCCUCAUACUGGCCAUGAGGCGACAGCUAGAGGACCAGGACAACCGCAGUCGUCGCAACAAUAUCAGGGUAAGGGGGAUACCUGAAUCUCCAGAGGGGGAAAACAUAGAGGAGAUGCUCACCUCCCUAUUCCGCAUCAUCCUAAGGGAGGACACACCAGCGCUUAUUAAAUAUGACAGGGCACAUAGAGCACUCCGUCCCAGGCCCACGGAAGGAACCCCCAGGGAAAUAAUAUGCUGCCUGCACUCCUUCGCCAUCAAAGAUCUGAUCAUGAGGAAAGCUAGAUCCAGGGCCCACUGGAACUACAGGGGCGCAGAAAUAUCCCUCUACAAUGACCUAUCACCUAGGACCCUGGAGGCUAGAAGAGCCCUGAGACCGGUUACCACCAUCCUGAGGGAGAAGAAUAUGCAAUAUAGAUGGGGUUACCCAUUUAGCAUCACAGUUCGCUAUAAUAACGAAUGGGUCUCCGCACGAUGGCCAGAAGACAUUCCUCAAUUCCUACAACGCCUGAACCUGCCGCCAACCCCAGUUCCGAACUGGUUAUUCAUGCCGCUGGAUCCAAGACCACAACCGCAGCGACAAGCAAGGCGAAGAAGAUGGAACUCUCAGGGUGAAGCUCCGCAACACCGACCAGAUCUAA